CAGACUACUGGAAAGCUACAGGCAGGUGAGCUUGAUCAACGUUGGAAUUGAUCUCCUUGGAUUUUUAAAAAACCCAUUUUACACAGAGGUUGCUACUGCAGCAACACGUGUUGGUUUAGCUUUGUGUGCUUCUUCUGACGCACAAAUUCAGGGCCUUUUCCAGCAGAGUUUGUUGUGAGAUCACAGGUCGGGAGGAUGACCGCUCGAGUGGAUUUCUCGUUGAUUGCUGCUUUGUUGUAUCUGUUUGGAUACUUGAGCAUCACUCAUGCUAUUCAAAGACGUAACACAGUGGAUGGUUUUUGUCCGGCGACGCUGACGUUUGUGCCGGCCCGUCGAGGAUGUUCUUCUGAUGAAGACUGCCCUGGAGGACACAAAUGCUGUCGAUUUGACUGUGGGCCUGUUUGUGUGCUGCCUGUUUUCAUGAAGCCGGGUCAGUGUCCCCUACCAGAGAUGAUUCCACUGUGUGCUGAAAGCUGUUUCCAUGAUGGCCAGUGUCCUGCCACACAGAAGUGUUGCCCAACCACUGGUGGCUUUGCAUGCAGUGAACCACGUGGUCAGGGAAGAGGACAGGGAAGCGGCCAGGGUCAAGGACAGGGUCAGGGACAAGGCCAGGGAAGCGGUCAGGGUCAAGGACAGGGUCAGGGACAAGGCCAGGGAAGGGGUCAGGGACAAGGCCAGGGAAGCGGUCAGGGACAAGGCCAGGGAAGCGGUCAGGGACAAGGCCAGGGAAGCGGUCAGGGUCAGGGACAAGGCCAGGGAAGCGGUCAAGGACAAGGACAGGGCCAGGGUCAGGGACAAGGCCAGGGAAGCGGUCAAGGACAAGGUCAGGGGCAAGGCCAGGGUCAGGGACAAGGCCAGGGAAGCGGUCAGGGACAAGGCCAGGGUCAGGGACAAGGCCAGGGAAGCGGACAGGGUCAGGGACAAGGCCAGGGAAGCGGUCAAGGACAAGGUCAGGGGCAAGGCCAGGGUCAGGGACAAGGCCAGGGAAGUGGUCAGGGGCAAGGCCAGGGUCAGGGACAAGGCCAGGGAAGUGGUCAGGGACAAGGCCAGGGUCAGGGACAAGGCCAGGGAAGUGGUCAGGGACAAGGCCAGGGUCAGGGACAAGGCCAGGGAAGUGGUCAGGGACAAGGCCAGGGUCAGGGACAAGGCCAGGGAAGUGGUCAGGGACAAGGCCAGGGUCAGGGACAAGGCCAGGGAAGUGGUCAGGGACAAGGCCAGGGCCAGGGAAGCGGCCAGGGACAGGGACAGGGUCAGGGAAGUGGUCAGGGUCAGGGACAAGGCCAGGGAAGCGGUCAAGGACAAGGACAGGGCCAGGGUCAGGGACAAGGCCAGGGAAGCGGUCAAGGACAAGGUCAGGGGCAAGGCCAGGGUCAGGGACAAGGCCAGGGAAGUGGUCAGGGACAAGGCCAGGGUCAGGGACAAGGCCAGGGAAGCGGUCUGGGACAAGGACAAGGUCUGGGACAAGGACAGGGUCAGGGACAAGGCCAGGGAAGCGGUCAAGGACAAGGCCAGGGAAGCGGUCUGGGACAAGGACAAGGUCUGGGACAAGGACAGGGUCAGGGACAAGGCCAGGGAAGCGGACAAGGACAAGGUCUGGGACAAGGACAGGGUCAGGGACAAGGCCAGGGAAGCGGACAAGGACAAGGUCUGGGACAAGGACAGGGUCAGGGACAAGGCUCGGGAAGCAGUCAGGGUCAAGGCCAGGGACAAGGACAAGGACAAGUCCAGGGAAGGUGUCGGAAGCAGAAGAGGUCAGGGAAGAAUUCAAGAGAAUAG